AUGGUGUCAAGGUACGCUUUAAAUGAAAUUUCGGUUGAGUUUGAGCGCAUACGUCAUUUCAAAGACAAUCCUUCUUCUUGUGGUUGUGUCUUGAGAACCAUGCUAGGUCUUCCUUGUGCAUGCGAGCUACAAAGGUAUGAUGGUGGCAGCAUCCCACUGGAUGCAGUCCAUAUGUACUGGAGGAGACUUAGUUUUUUAGACCAGGGGCUAUGUGAGGCCGAAGUGAACAUCAAGGAAGAGAUGGAUAGAAUAUAUAAAAGAUUCGAGGAACUUGAUAUUUGCGGGAAAGUUACUUUCAAGAGUAAACUCCGAGAAUUCACGUUUCCCGAUGAGACCUCUAUGUGUCCUCCUCCAACAAAGGUUAAGACGAAAGGUGCCCCAAAGAAAGUAAUGAAAAGAAGUGAAAGAUCGACAAAGCAUGAUCCAUUUUAUUGGGAGUAUGUUGAUGCUUAUCAUUCGGUUCAAAACAGCAACACCUCAGUCAGACCCAGUGCAUCAUCUUUUGAACCACCGAAGCCAGCAAGGAUGAUCCCGAUGUUGGAUCAAUUUGCGCCAUUUAUGCAUGGUUUCAUUGAGGACAUUGUUGAUGUGAAAGCGGAUGAUAAUUGUGGAUAUCGGUCAGUUUCCGCUUUGUUAGGUAUGGGAGAAGAGUGUUGGGUCGUGAUGCGUAAUGAAUUGAUUAAAGAACUUGGCAAAUGGUCGCAAGACUACAUAAAAAUCUUUGGUGGCGCGGAGAGAUAUGAACAGCUGAGGUUGUCCCUACACGUGGAUGGGUUAUCCAAGGUUAGUAUGGACAAAUGGAUGGAUAUAACGGAUAUGGGAUAUGUAAUUUCGUCAAGAUAUAAUAUAAUCCUUGUAUCGUUGUCACGACAACAGAGCUUCACAUUUUUCCCUCUCAGAAGUCGACCACCAGCCGAUUCUUCUACGCACCGCAUGAUAUGCGUCGGUCAUAUGUUUGACAGUCAUUUUGUUCGGGUUUAUCUGAAAGAUCGUUGUCCCUUACCGCCUAUGGCGUUGUUGUGGUCAAGCAAUUCAUAUCUGGAGGCAAAAUAG